CGCGCUCAGAGCUGCGGGGGAGAGCGGAGGGGAUCGGACCCGACCCGAGCGGAGGCUGCGCGGAGUUUCCUCGGCGCUUUCCCGAGGGGGGGACAAAAAAACGCAGCCGAAAGUGACCUUUGUGGCUCCGCUCAGCUGCUUUUAGGGAGAGUUUUCCUCCUUCUCCUCCUCCUCUUCCUCCUCCGGAGAGGGAACGCGAAACUCUCCGCACCUCGUCCUGCGCAGCCCCCUUCGCCGCUACCGCCUUCUUCCGCCGCUUUUCCAACCCCCCCCCCGCCUUGCCCCGCAAACUCUCCGCGCAACCAUGGUGAUGUUCAAGAAGGUGAAGAGCUUCGUGAUGGCUUUCAGCGAGCCCGAGAAGGUUUAUUGCAGCGGGGAGAAGGUGGCCGGGCGCGUCCUGGUGGAGGUGGCCGAAGUGACUCGGGUCAGCGCCGUCAAGGUGUUGGCUUGCGGAGUGGCUAAAGUCAACUGGGCGAAGGGCCCGCAGCAGUGCAAGCAGGAGAUGGAGUAUCUGCGCUUCGAGGAUGUGCUCUGCCUGGAGGAGCAGCCCACCGAUGGGGACGGCUCCGUCAUCCUGCGUCCCGGCAACAAGUACGAGUACAAGUUCGGCUUCGAGCUUCCCCAGGGGCCCCUGGGCACCACCUUCAAGGGCAAGUAUGGCUGUGUGGAUUACUGGGUGAAAGCCUUCCUGGAGCGUCCUUCCUUCCCCACCCAGGAGAUCAAGAAACGCUUUGAGGUGAUGGACCCUGUGGAUGUGAACACUCCAGAGCUGCUGUCCCCAGUCGCUGCCAAGAAGGAGAAGAAAGUGUCCUGCAUGUUCAUCCCCGACGGCCGCGUCUCCGUCAGCGCCCAGAUCGACAGGAAGGGCUUCUGCGAAGGUGAUGAGAUCUGCAUCAACGCCGACUUCGAGAACACCUGCUCCCGCAUCGUGGUGCCCAAGGCUGCCAUCAUGGCCAAGCACACCUACCUGGCCAACGGCCAGACCAAGGUCUUCACCCAGAAGCUCUCCUGUGUCCGGGGCAACCACAUCAUCUCGGGCAUGUCUGACUCCUGGCGGGGCAAAACCAUCCGGGUGAAGAAGCUCAAACCUUCCAUCCUGGGCUGCAACAUCCUGCGGGUGGAGUACUUCUUGCAGAUCUAUGUCAGUGUCCCUGGCUCCAAGAAGAUCAUCCUGGAGCUGCCCCUGGUGAUCGGCAGCCGCUCGGGCAUCGGCAGCCGCAGCUCCAGCAUGGCAAGCCAGGCCAGCUCCGAGAUGAGCUGGGUGGACCUCAACCUGCCUGAUGCCCCAGAAGCUCCUCCUUGCUACCUGGACAUAGUGCCCGAGGACCACCGGCUGGAGAGCCCAACCACCCCCCUGCUGGAGGAGGCUGACAGCUUCGACAGCCCCAUCUUCAUGUACGCCCCCGAGUUCAAGUUCAUGCCGCCCCCCACGUACACCGAGGUGAGGAGCGGCACUGCGGGCACCGCCGGAGAGACCUCGGUGGAUCCCUGCGUGGCCAACAACAACAACGUGCAGUGAUGGGGGCAGGCCUGGGGCCUUGCCUGCGUUUCCUGGACUCUGGCUCCCUCUGGGAGCUCGGCAAAGCUCUGGCACCAACGCCAGGGCAGGGGGAACCUGUCCCAGUGUCUUGUGUGCUGCCCACCCGUGGCUGUCUGACCGCUGAGUGGGAUGUGGAGAAGGGGGCAGGAGACCCUCAGCGUUGGGGCAAGAGGCAGAAGCCCCCAACCAACCUCUUGGGAGAAGGAGAGAUGCCAGCCCCAGAGCCUUGGGGAAGAGCCUCACGGUGAUGCCUUCACCCAACACAGCCUGGCCUGGGGACAGCAGGGACCUGUCCCCCCUGCGUGGACGAGGAGGUGGUUGGAGCUGGUUCCUCUGGGUGCCCUGCAGCCCUCUGGGUGCCCUGCAGCUGUCUUGUAGCUGUCCUGCAGCCGUCCAACCCUGCCUGGCUUGGGUGGGAGCCUUGGCCCUGGCCGGAGGAGCCCACACCUGGUGCCAACCAGUUGAUCCCAGUUGCUCCCAGCAUCAGCAAGGAGGUCCCCUGGGAUCUGCUCCCACCUCUGGCUGCUCUGGGCACAAACUUUGUGCGAAUCUCCUCUGUUUUUUUUUACUGUUUUUUUAGGGUGGGUUUGUGGGGGAGGGGGUGGGGUGGGGGAGGGGAACUUCAACCUUUGUACUCAUCUUGGUGUCCCCACCCCUGGGGGGUGAGGAAGGCUCAAAUAAAGACCUUCUGGCACCUGC